AGUGACGUCACCGCCGCCCGCGCGCGCCGAGCAAGAGGGAAGAGGAAACAGCGGAGGGGGGUGAAGAGGAGCGCGGGGUCACGACCUCUGACCUCUCACCGAAGAGCCGGAAAAUUACCGAGAAGAGCCGACGGGAGCGGAUGAGAGAGCGCGGCAGAGGAGAGCGGAGGCCGCCGGGAAGCUCAGAGGAUGCGGCUGUGACUAGAACCUCCGCCGGGCAGAGGUUCAGGAAUCUUCAGUGAUGACCAGCUCCUCCCAGCGCAUCCAGAUAAUCUCCACAGACUCCGCCGUGUCCACUCCUCAGCGUAUCCAGAUUGUAACAGAUCAGCAGACCGGACAGAAGAUCCAGAUUGUAACAGCUGUAGACUCCUCCGUGUCCUCCAAGCAGCAGUUCAUCUUGGCCAGUCCGGAUGGAUCUGGAGCAGGGAAGGUGAUAUUGGCCACCCCAGAAUCUCCCAAUGCCAAGCAGCUUAUCUUCACAACAGAAAACCUCGUCCCCGGGAGGAUUCAGAUAGUAACGGAUGCAGCGUCUGUGGAGAGACUUCUGGGAAAAUCGGAAGUGCAGAGGCCUCAGAUUAUCGAAUACUGUGUAGUUUGCGGGGACAAAGCGUCAGGACGCCACUAUGGGGCCGUCAGCUGCGAAGGAUGCAAAGGCUUCUUUAAAAGAAGCGUCCGGAAAAGCCUGACGUACAGCUGUCGCAGCAGCCAGGACUGCGUCGUCAACAAGCACCACCGCAACCGAUGCCAGUUUUGCCGCCUGAAGAAAUGUCUGGAAAUGGGCAUGAAAAUGGAAUCGGUGCAAAGUGAGCGGAAACCAUUUGACAUCCAGCGGGAGAAGCCAUCCAACUGUGCGGCAUCAACAGAAAAGAUCUACAUCCGGAAGGACCUGCGGAGUCCGCUUAUAGCGACGCCAACAUUCGUCUCCGACAAAGAUGGUGGGAGACAAUCAGGACUUCUCGAUCCGGGUAUGCUGGUCAAUAUUCAGCAGCCGCUUAUAAGAGAAGACGGCACCGUGGUUCUGUCUGCGGACGCCAAGACGGAAGCCAGUCAGGGUGGACUGGGGACUCUGGCAAACGUUGUCAGUUCGCUCGCCAAUCUCACAGAGUCGGAAAACAAUGGGGACAGUUCAGAUGCCCAACCAGAGGACCAAUUCUCCAGUGAGAUCACACGGGCUUUUGAUACGUUAGCAAAAGCACUUAACCCGUCAGAGUCAGCCGGCGGACAGAACCAGCCAGAAGCAGACGGGAUGGACCCAGCAGCCGGAGGGAACAUUCACGUCAUUAGCCGGGAUCAGGCCACCCCUAUCCUGGAGGUGGAGGGACCCCUUUUGUCAGACACACACGUCACAUUUAAGCUAACUAUGCCCAGCCCGAUGCCGGAGUAUCUGAAUGUACAUUAUAUUUGUGAGUCGGCUUCCCGCCUGCUUUUCCUUUCCAUGCAUUGGGCUCGGUCUAUUCCUGCCUUCCAGGCCUUGGGGCAGGAUUGUAACACCACUCUCGUACGCGCCUGCUGGAACGAACUGUUCACGCUCGGUCUUGCGCAAUGUUCACAAGUGAUGAGCCUUUCCACCAUCCUGGCCGCCAUUGUUAACCAUCUACAGAACAGCAUACAGGAAGCUGCAAAUACUUUCAUUUUCACAGACAAGCUGUCCGGUGAGAGGAUAAAGCAGGUGAUGGAGCACAUAUGGAAGCUGCAAGAGUUCUGCAACAGCAUGACCAAGCUGGACAUCGACGGCUACGAAUACGCGUACCUGAAGGCCGUGGUCCUCUUCAGUCCAGAUCACCCAGGACUGUCCGGGACGGAGCAGAUUGAAACCUUUCAGGAAAAGGCACAGAUGGAGCUGCAGGACUACGUCCAGAAAACCUACCCCGAGGAUACCUACAGGCUGGCGCGAAUCUUGGUGCGGCUCCCGGCUCUGAGACUUAUGAACUCUAGCAUCACAGAAGAACUCUUUUUUACUGGCCUGAUCGGCAACGUCCCCAUCGAUAGUAUAAUCCCGUACAUCCUGAAGAUGGAGACGGCGGAGUACAAUGGGCAGAUCACUGGGACCAGCGUAUAGCGGACACGCACUUGUGUACAGAUCCAGCACUUUGCAAACGCACCCUUCCAGAGAGCAAGAUAACAUAGUAACGUACGGUGGGGGGUGGGGGGGGGGGCGUAUCCAAACACCCCAGUUAGCGGUAAUAUCUGCAGCAAAGGGCCCCCCUGGCCGGACAUUUCAGUAACCCAUUUCAUUUCCCAAACAGAACCACAUCCUAUACAGCUGUAAGCAGCCUAUCAGGUAGGAACUUGUAUAUGUUACACUUUUCACAUUCUUUGAAAUGGCAUAGCAGUCUAUUCAAUACAAUAACGUAAGUGUAUAGCGUAGGGCAGGGCCACCAUCAGGGGGGUACAGCCGAUACAACUGUAAGGGGCCCGAGGGACGCGCCCGGGCCAGAAGAAAGCAGGACGGGUGAAGGGGAGCCGUGUUGUGCACUAUAGAAAUGAUCUCGCAGCUUCUGCUGCUCUCUCUGUCAUUGAGCUCUUUACUGCCACCUCUGGCUACUAUGUGCAUGUGCACCCCUCGUGUGAACUGCCUGCACUGUGCUCCUCUGGGCCAGCAACAUGUCAGCUUUGUGAAAAUGAGCUGGGACUAGGUAGGAAGAUUUUCCUUUGCAAGUAGGGGCUGUGAGGGGAAGGGAGGGGGGGCUGUUUGUGUACAGAGAGGAUUGUUGGUGGUCAGGCUCGGGGGGGAGCCCAGGCAUAAAGCUGUGUAGGGGCCCAACAAUUUCUGAUGGCUGCCCUGGAGUAGGGGAAGCAAAUCAGUCAUAACGGCACAACUGACUGCUAAUUGAACAGCGUGCUAAUAUGAUGGCAGAUAUCCAGGAGGUGUGGCGGUUCAGUUACUGCAGACAGAAGAAAGAUUUUAUUUUAAGGGCCGGUUCACACUUGUGCGAUGCGGGAACCCUGCGAAUCCACUGCGGGUACCUGCGUCACACCCGACUCACACGGCCUCGUACACACGAUCGGAUUUUUCGACGGGGGAAAAGCGUGAUGGCAGGAUGUUGUCGGAUAAUCCG